AUGUUCCCUAGAGCGUGGCAGGUGGGGCGAUAUCUUGAAACAUACGCAAAGAUCUUUGGCAUCACGGAAAAUCUGCUACUCGGGAAGCGAGUUAUCAACGCAUCACUCCAAGAAGAUAAUACGUGGAAAGUGAUUAGCGACGACGGCGCCGGUCAGCUAGACACCCGUACGUUCGAUCGACUGAUCGUCGCGAGUGGCUUCUUUAACAAACCGGCCAGUACCUUCGAUUUCACUCCUUCCAAAAAUCUCUCAACCAUCCAACACUCUUCCAAUUUUCGAAGUCUUUCUGAGUUGACAAGUUCUCCUGGCAAGGUCGUCGUAAUUGGAGGCGGCAUUAGCGGCUCAGAAGCCGCAGCACAGGCAGCCUUCCAGAUCUCAAACGCAAAGCACUCACCUAGUCAGACGACAUCCGCGCAUGCACAUAGUAGGGUCUUCCAUAUCAUCAACCGGCCCUUCUACUGCCUUCCUCGCUACCUUCCUCAGGACCCUCAGAGCCAAGACGGAAACUUCAAGCCAGCACCCAAGUUCCUUCCACUCGACCUGAUGCUCUACAACCUCUCACGUCGUGGUGAUGGAGAGAUUGCGGCAGCUAUUACUACGGUACCACCAGAGAAGGCACAAAAAGGACACGAAUUCCUAAGAGCGAGUAUAGGAUGCGGCCAGAGCGGCGAGGGGUAUCCCGAGCUUGCUUACACUGCGAGCCAGACACAACACCCCGGAUAUACCGGGAUUACAGACACUUACAUGGAAUUUGUGAGAAGUGGCAUUAUCGUACCAGUGCGGGGAUGGGUCAAAGACGUCGCGCAGGCAGAUGACCGUAGCUUCCUAGACGUUAGUCUACAGCAGUACGAGCCCUGGUAUCAUGGACCAGGAAAGGAAGCCAUAAGCCAGAGCAAAGUCCAUAAUGUAGUGGGUAUCAUCGAAGCUACCGGCUACAAAGCCGACCUCGAUUGGCUUGAUUCUCGCGUCAGAGCCCUUCUUGCUGAAGACAACACCACCCCAAAUUUGCGUAUACCAUACCUCCUCUCUCGUGGGUCGGUUCUCUCGCGCCGAGUCCCCACAAUUGGUUUCGUAGGUUUCUACGAAGGUCCUUAUUGGGGCGUGAUGGAAAUGCAGGCUCGAUUGCUUGCUCAAAGUUGGGCCAAGCCGGAGGCUGAGCAGUCGCAGUCUCGAGUGCCCGAUUUGUACAAAUACGAUGAUACGAAACGUAUGCAAGAAGCGAUGAACCAGAGGUCUUUACAAGUACCUCAGUUUUGGAUGGCAGAUUACGUUGGUCUAAUGGAAGAGUUCGCACGAGAGACUGGCGUCUCGCGCGAUGAUUCGCUAUUUGGCGGCCAAAUGGGACCCGCUUUUCCAUCGCGCUAUCAACAUGCAGCUACCAGUUCACAAGCAAAGGAAGUAGUCGAAGACGUUGCCAAAAUACUCCAGGCAUCCCAAGAGGAUGCUCGAUUCAUCGCCGCGGCAGUGUUUAUAGGCAUGCAGGGUGUAUGGAACAUGACGCGCAAGAUUGACUCACGUACCGACACACCUGGUGGCUUGUUCGUGGGUACAGCGCACUUCCACCCGCGCCAAUCUACCGAUCCUACGACCUACUUAUCCGAAUAUUUGUAUGUCGAACAAGGCAUAUUCACCAUGGACACUGGUCUGUCUUUCCCCGCGACUCGACGCUAUGUUUAUCGGUACAACGAGGCACGUGACGAGAUCACAGCAUGGUUUGUCGAAGACGACAACAAAAGUGUAGGAGCACUGUUCAACACAUGGGGUUUCUACGCGCCAGACGAUGACAAGUCUGGAUGGAGGGCCAAAGGUUAUCAUUGGUGUGACCCAGAUACGUACAGGAAUCAUUGCGAGUUCAAGUUUCGCGGUGCGAAGAUUGAUCAAUUCAUGAUCAGAUAUGAGGUUGAGGGACCGAAGAAAGAUUAUUCGCACGAAAGCUGGUAUAAGAGACCGGAGGCGGACACGAGUGCAAGUAAAGGAGAUUGA